CAAGAAAUCGAGAUAUAGACAGAAGGGUAGACGGGCAGGGAAGCCAAUCUACGUUGCGUCUGCUGCGUCUGUCGGCAAUGUCGCUAUCGUUGGUUGUUGUUCUCGUCUGCAGAUAAAGGACACUUUCGUUACUACUCCUCUUUGAAGCUCACUCACCACUAUAUACUACCCUCUCUGGGACCCUGCUUUAAAUCCCAUCAAAUGACAUAUACCCAGAUAUAUAUACUUUUCAUCCGCUGCAGCCUUUAGGCAUAUUUUAUCAGAUAUUAGUGAUCAAGGCCCUCUCCCCUUCCCCCUGAUCAGCUCGGGAUACGCACUGCUUCAAGCAUGGACACACUCCUAACAGCAGACGUGGUGGCAGCCUCUCCCCUCUUCCGGAAAAAGUCUAGCACCUAUGUCGACGCCAUCCAUGAUCUACCAGAGAAGGGCGAGCUUGCCCCCGCUCAGCUCUACAGCACAGAGUCCGGUCGACUCUUCCACUCUGGGCGUAUAGUAAUAAUCACAGUUGGCUUGCCAGCUAGGGGUAAAACACACAUAUCUGUUGCUCUUGCGAGGUACCUGAGAUGGCUCGGUGUGAAGACGCGGAUUUUCCAUCUAGGGGACUAUCGACGAGCAACUGUUGGGCCUGGUCAGGAUGUUCCGGAUGAUUACUUUUUUGUCAACGCAUCCGCCUCGUCCGUCCUCCUCAGGCAAAAAAUCGUGAAAAAGUGUAGAGAAGACAUUUAUCAUUUUCUAAAGCACGAAAAUGGCCAGAUUGCCAUUUACGACGCUGUGAAUCCAAUUGCUGCUGGUCGUCGAUCGCUAGCUAAGGAAUUCGCCAAGCACGAUAUUGACACACUAUUCAUUGAAUCGCUGUGUGAUGAUGAGAGAAUAAUCGAAGAAAAUGUGCUAAGUGUUAAGAUAUCUUCUCCGGACUACGUCGGCUGGGACCCGAAGGAUGCUGUGAAAGACUAUCUGGCGCGAAUCUCGGCACGGAUACCGCAGUUUCAAACUAUGAAUGAACCGGAACUAAAUUAUAUCAAGGCUGGAACCUCCCGGGACCCAGACUCCUACAAAGCAGACGCACCCCUCUCCGAACAAGGCCUGGACUACGCGCGUAAAAUGACGGAGCGACUGCUGCAGCAUCGCGAAUCAGAGAGGCAGGCGCAGAUUAUUAACCAGGAUGGUGAUGAUACCGAUGCGGAGUUGAAACCACUUAUGGUGUGGACAUCCACUCGGCGCCGGACAGUGGAGACUGCUCAAUUCCUGCUCAAACUGGGCUACAAAGUACGCCAUCGGUCACAAAUGAGCCAGUUGAACCCGGGUGUUUGUGAGAAGAUGUCCGAGAGGAGAAUUCGGAUGGAAUAUCCUGACGAAGUUGCGAAGCAUGAGCUGGAUCCAUAUCAUCAUCGGUACCCGCGGGCCGAGUCGUACCAUGACCUCGCAGUGCGUCUUGAGCCGAUUAUUCUCGAACUUGAACGGGAGCGGAAUGACCUGCUCAUCAUUGCGCAUGAGAGUGUCUUGCGUGUGUUAUAUGGAUAUCUGAUGGCGUGUAAUGCGGCCGACAUUCCGUUUCUGUCAUUUCCGCGCGAUGAGAUUAUUGAGAUCAUCCCAGCAAGCUACAACAACAAGGCAAACCGAAUUCAUAUUCCUGAUCUCCCGCCAGAGAUUAUCCCCGCGUCACCAGAGGGUAUCAAAAUCCCUGUUCCACCGAGUGGAGUUGUAUCACCGAUGCCUGGCUGGUUAGAUGGAUGCGAAAAUAGGAAUAGUACAGUCGAUGGCGGUGGUGCUGAAGGUAGUGGUCUCGGAACCGCAGGGCUGGGCAUCCCGCGUGGAGCCACUCCAUCAGCUGGGUUUAGGCCGUCGCGAGACGGAGAGAAGAUUUUGCAACAUCAUGCGGAGGAUGUUGUUUAGAGUUUAGAGCUUGUUGAUAUGAGUGUCCUUCUUUUGUUAUGAUGAAAGUCAUUGAGUUAUGACAUAUGUCGACCUAUAUUGUGGUCGGCUUUUCCACGCUUUUGUUUUAUGCCUGAUGCCUCAUGCCUGAAGUCUGAUGUCUGACCUGGAUAUUCCUUCUCUUCUCUUCUUUCGUGCUUGGACAGUUUCAACGACUAUCCAACCCUCCGUCGUUUCGUUUCGUUUCAUUUGGAUUGGAUUGGAUUAUAAAAUAGGAAUAAACAAAACAUAGCAAUUCCCUCCUCUUACUCCAACAAAUUGAUAUAAAUUACCUCGCUCGCU